CCAGACACUCGAACGCAGACACAAAUUGCCACAAGGCUGAAAUGCCGCAAACAUGAAGGUUCCUGUGUGCUUCCUUCGUUUUGACAGUCGCUUUCUCCUAGGCGAGGCGUUUGCAGCUGCAAAGAUGCUGCCGCUACUUUUAAUAGUGCUUUUGGGGAUGGCUGGGUGCGCAAGGUCAGAGAGCGUACAGAAAGAUCCGCUGGCCAUGAUUGGAUUCCACGAGGGCACGCGGCGCUUUGCGGAGUGUGCGGCGGGCGGCACUCUGGUUGGUGUGGAGGUCGGGUUCGUGGAGGACGCUUGGAGCUUCGGUGAGGCCUUCAUCGGCUCGGUGCGGCUCAUUUGCAGCAGCAAGAAGGUGUCGGUUGAGUACCUGGGCGACCAGGACGAUACCUUUGUUUUCGGUCGCUUGAACCUGAAGACAAUUCGUAAAGUUGAGUGUGAGGGCGCCGGCGGUGUGGCCGGCUUUAAGUGGCGGGCGGCGGCCAUCAAGAACCCGGAUGGCGCUGAGAUGCGGCAAGCGGGCCUGGUGGUGCUGUGCAACAGGGCCGGCAACGCCCCCUUGGAGAUGGUGCUGGAGCAUUCGCCUGCGGCAAGCCAUACCUACCCCAAAUCCUUCACCUGCAAGCACGUCACGCAGUACGCAGGGCUGGACUCGCCCAAGCUCACCAAGAUGCUCAUGUGGUUCAACCGCAAGUCGUUUGCGGCGCUAGAGCCACUGGAGUGCGCUUGAGCUGCUGCGGGUAAAUGGAUCGCGGCUAAGGGGGCCUGUCAUAGCCACGCGCACAAUGCAACUUGAAAUUUUUGCGCAAUUAGGAUCGGUUGGGUAGCGUUCUGGCGGCACACCCAGAGUGUAUGGCGACACCCUAAGUGCUUUGACCACUAGCCCUAGGGGAAGGGAACUUGACCGGAGUGCAGGCUCUUGAGCGGAAGACGGGGUUGUCGAGAUGCGGCACUGGCAGAAGGUUACGGGGACUUGGGGCUGUAGCUUAGGAGUUGAGUCGGGAAUGAGGCGUCCUCCAGUCAGGAGGGCACCAGGGUCGUGGCUUGAGCUGGAGAGCUGGGGCUGUAACUUGGGCUGGAUAACUGGGGAGAGCCGAGCUUAGGGCAAGCAGGCAGCUGCGGGUUUUGAAGCCAGGGAGGCUUGGGGGAAACAGGUCCACGCAGGCAAGCAGGCACCUGUCCAAGUGCCUAUGAAGUGGUAAAAUGUCUGCAUACCGUGACAUCUUUGUGCAGCUUCAGCCGAGGUAGUUACAGGAGGGGGAUAUGACGGCGUUCCCUUAUAGCACGUUCCUUGUAGAAUACCCUAUUGUGAUCUGGCGGUGAUGGGCCCGGGAGGCCUGUAAAUGGCAAGUGAGGCUGGUUGGCAAAGGCGUGAUGUCUGAUGUCGAGACGCGGAUGACAGGCGCUAAAUUCUUACGCAUAAACAGAUAAAGCGCAUUACUUCGUCCUGGCUGGUUGCCUGUUCUGCUAUGUAGCCGCAGUUUGAAUGUCGUGACACGUCGGGACACUGCGAAAGCCGCGGCCCCAUGGGCACGGAUGCCCCUAGCCACCAGCCCUCUGGAAACUCUUGCUUUAAGUUUAAGCCACCGCUUUAAGGGUCCCG